UUGUGCCGCCGCUGCCGCGCUCCAGGGCGGGGAAGGUGCGCGCGCGUAUACCCAGAGACACACUCACACACUCACACACACACCCUCCCUCGCACACGCGGAACCGGCUGGGCCAGGGGAGGGAGGGAGGAGGAGAAGGAGGAGGAGGAGGGUGACGUAGCGUCCCAUGGCGUCACAUUGACGUCUCGCAUUCCAGGCACUCUAUGGAGAGGCCGCUAGGGCUCCUGUGGCAUAAAUGACGUGCCGGGAGAGCUAGCGAACGCGCAGCCGGGAGAGCGGGAGUCUCCUGCCUCCCGCCUCCCCCCCCCCGCCCCUCCAGCUCCUGCUCCUCCUCCGCUCCCCCAAACACAGACGCGCUCACACCCGCUCCCUCACUCGCACGCACAGACACACACGCGCGCACACACGCUCCGCACACACGCUCCACUCGCUCGCCCGCGCGCUCACACCCCUCGCGCCCUGCGCCCUCGCCGGGGCCGCGCCGCAACCGCAGCGGGGAGAGCCGGGCUCACUUUGCAACGCUGACAGCUCCGGCGGUGGCCGUGGAGGUGGGAACGGCGGCUGGCUGCAUCCUGCCCCGCGGUCGCGGCCUGAGCCAGAACAACCGCUGACCCUCUCGGCGCCACUCUCCCAUGAGUCGGGGUCGCAGCAUCCCCCCGCCAACCGCUCGCCGCCUCCGGGAGCCGCGGGGCUUGUACACUGCAGCCGGGCCGGGACAGCAGCCGUGACUGACCCUCCCCACCCAGUGCAGAUUUCGGGGCAGCUCUCUAGAAACUCGCGCUAAAGACGGAACCGCCACAGCACUCAAAGCCCACUGCGGAAGAGCAUCGCCUGGCAAGUCCAGGCCCUGAGCCUGGACCCUCCGCGGAGUCGGGCAUCACAGCUGCAGCCACUUCGCCUGGCAGGACGUCCCCGCCUCCUACGCUCUCGGCCUCCACUGGAGAGACCCCCAGCCCCACCAUUCAGCGCGCAAGAUACCCUCCAGAUAUGCCCUGCGUGCAAGCCCAGUAUAGCCCUUCGCCUCCAGGUUCCAGUUAUGCCGCGCAGACGUACGGCUCUGAGUACGCCACGGAGAUCAUGAACCCAGACUACGCCAAGCUGACCAUGGAGCUCGGUGGCGCCGAGAUCACGGCCACGGCCACCACGUCCCUGCCCAGCUUCAGUACCUUUAUGGAGGGCUACUCCAGCAGUUACGACCUCAAACCUUCCUGCCUGUACCAAAUGCAGCCAUCUGGACCGCGGCCCUUGAUCAAGAUGGAGGAGGGGCGCGCGCACGGCUACCACCACCAUCACCAUCACCACCACCAUCACCAUCAUCAUCACCAGCAGCAGCCACAGCCGCAGCCGCCGCCGCAGCAGCAGCAGCAGCAGCCGUCUCUUCCUCCCGCCUCUGGCCCGGAAGACGAGGUGCUGCCCAGUACUUCCAUGUACUUCAAACAAUCCCCGCCGUCCACCCCCACCACGCCGGGCUUCCCUCCGCAGACCGGGGCGAUGUGGGACGACGCGCUGCCGUCGGCGCCGGGCUGCAUCGCGCCUGGCCCGCUGCUGGACCCGCCUAUGAAGGCGGUGCCCACGGUGGCCGGCGCCCGCUUCCCACUCUUCCAUUUCAAGCCCUCGCCUCCGCACCCGCCCGCGCCCAGCCCGGCCGGCGGUCACCACCUGGGCUACGACCCAACGGCCGCCGCCGCGCUCAGCCUGCCUCUGGGAGCCUCGGCCGCCGCGGGCAGCCAGACUGCCGCGCUCGAGGGCCACCCGUACGGGCUGCCGCUGGCCAAGAGGGCGACCGCACUGCCCUUCCCGCCGCUGGGCAUCACGGCCUCCCCCACCGCGUCUGGCCUGCUGGGAGAGAGCCCCAGCCUGCCGUCGCCACCCACGCGGAGCUCAUCCUCGGGCGAGGGCACGUGCGCCGUGUGCGGGGACAAUGCCGCCUGCCAGCACUACGGCGUGCGCACCUGCGAAGGUUGCAAGGGCUUCUUCAAGAGAACAGUGCAAAAAAAUGCAAAAUAUGUUUGCCUCGCAAAUAAAAACUGCCCCGUAGACAAGAGACGUCGGAACCGAUGUCAGUACUGUCGUUUUCAGAAGUGUCUCAGUGUCGGGAUGGUUAAAGAAGUUGUGCGGACAGAUAGUCUGAAAGGGAGAAGAGGUCGGCUGCCAUCCAAACCAAAGAGCCCAUUACAGCAGGAACCUUCUCAACCCUGUCCACCUUCUCCUCCCAUCUGUAUGAUGAAUGCCCUUGUCCGAGCUUUAACAGACUCAACGCCCAGAGAUCUUGAUUAUUCCAGAUAUUGUCCCACUGACCAGGCUGCUGUGGGCACGGAUGUGGAGCAUGUGCAACAAUUCUACAACCUUCUGACAGCCUCCAUUGAUGUAUCCAGGAGCUGGGCAGAGAAGAUUCCAGGAUUUACUGAUCUCCCUAAAGAAGAUCAGACGUUACUUAUAGAAUCAGCUUUUUUGGAGCUGUUUGUUCUCAGACUUUCCAUCAGGUCGAACACUGCUGAAGAUAAGUUUGUGUUCUGCAAUGGACUUGUCCUGCAUCGACUUCAGUGCCUUCGUGGAUUUGGAGAGUGGCUCGACUCCAUUAAAGACUUUUCCUUAAAUUUGCAGAGCCUGAACCUUGAUAUCCAAGCCUUAGCCUGCCUAUCAGCACUGAGCAUGAUUACAGAACGACAUGGGUUAAAAGAACCAAAGAGAGUGGAGGAGCUAUGCAACAAGAUCAGAAGCAGCUUAAAAGAACACCAGAGUAAGGGACAGGCUCUGGAGCCCACCGAGUCCAAGGUGUGUGGGGCCCUGUCAGAACUGAAAAAGAUCUGCACCCUGGGCCUCCAGCGCAUCUUCUACCUGAAGCUGGAAGACUUGGUGUCUCCACCUUCCAUCAUCGACAAGCUCUUCCUGGAUACCCUGCCUUUCUAAGUAGGAGCAGCCUCAUCUGCCAGCACCUGCUUGCUCAACAGCAAAGCGAUGGCUCUGGACCAUUUCUGUCCUUCCUUUAAAUGAAAGAGAAGCUCCUGUAGAAAGCAAAGACUUUUUUUUUCUGGCACUUUUCCUGACA